AUGACUGAUAAAACUGUUAUUAGAUGCUACGCAUUCAAUAACUAUAUAUUCUUGUUAUUAGGUUUAAAAGAGCGGGUAGUUGGCAUGCCACUUGAUGAUGAUCCCGUAUCAAAUAUUAUAAUAAGUAAUCCGGAUAGUGAAGGUUCUAUUACAAAAUUCACAGAUCUUGAAGGUUUAAAAGAGCGGGAAGUUGGUAUAGCAUGUGAUAAUGGUCCUGAAGAGGUUAAUUUAAAAUACUCAAUGGGUAAAGAUCCAUCUAAAGUUGUAUUUUGA